CUAUAUAACCAACUAUAGUUUAGUUGCUGAUGAUUUAAGUGAUGGUGAAGACGUACAGAGUCGCACAAGAACACGUACACAUUAUAUCACCAUCAUCCUUUCUUAAUCUACUACUAGUGUUCAUAUACCUAGUUCACCAAGCUUAUUCAGAUGAGGAGGUGAGAUUAGGAGAGGGCGGAGUAGUGGAGCUGUACCACCCGGAGCUGAAGGAGUGGGGUGGGGUGUGUGGCAGGAACCUGACAGAUGAGGUGGCCCGGGUGGUGUGUGGGGACCUGGGACUGGGUAACACUGGUAUUCUGGUACCACACCACACUUCACGUGUUUCAGUACAGAGAUCGUACUGGGAUAACAUGAGGUGUGAUUACGCCUCCUCCACUCUGGCUGACUGCGUUACAAACCGGUUAGAUAGUCCGAUAUCCUGCGGGGAGGAGAACAAAUCUCAACUCCUUAUCGUUUGUGGAAGACUAAACUCAGAGCUGGAUUGUGAUAACAGUAUUAUAGACCAGUACUACAGGACAACUUGCAAUCUACACGAUAUUACCUCUGAUAACAACAUCCACCAGGUAUUCAAAUGUUGGAACAGCAGUGUUAUUUACACAAGACAGAAGAGGGACUUCUUCGGUGGGGAGAUGUGCGUUUUUAGCAACUUUUGCCCGGAGACUGCUUCCAAUUACCAGGGCUGUGGAUGUCCAGGAGUUGGGGUAUCAGAUAGAAAAUGUGAUACGCUCAUCUGUAACUACCGUCAUGAUGAGGCACACCCUAUAGUUGCUCUCGAUUCUAUAUAUCUCUGCGACGGGUAUUUCGACUGUGAGAACAAGGAAGACGAGAUGGGAUGUGAGAGCGAGGUAGUGUUUGAGUGUAAAAUGGGACCUACUGACAAGGAGGCUCAGAGUGGCAGACUACCCCAACUAUACAUUUGUGAUGGGCAGGCUGAUUGUAUUGACGGGGAAGAUGAGUUCAACUGUAAAUACUCAACCGGAGCCUACUGUCACAUCUCAGACUAUAAAGACAACACCCACAACGGUACCUCCUUUGUAGAUAAGAGACAUGUCUGUGAUGACAAACCCCAGUGUGAUGCAGACUCAGAGGGUCAAGUAGAGGAUGAGAAGAACUGUGAUUCCCUCAAUGAUAUAUCCAUGAAUUGUGCUAAAUUCGGGGGGAGCGGAGAGAUAGUUCCGAUAGAGAACAAGCAGAGAUGCGAGUUCCCGAACAUGACGUUCCUGGACGGGUACUGUGAGGGUUACAUAGACCAGAUGAACUGCACCAGGGAGGACGUGUUCGUGUGUACGGUGAGGGUGGGAGAGGACGCGGAACAUGUGAACACUAGACUCAGGAGACAGUGGGUCUGCAACAACAAGGUCCUCUGUGCUGAUGGGUCUGAUGAGUGGUGUCAUGAGAUAUCAGACACUUGUCAGGUUCACAAACACCAGCUCUGUGACGGACACGACGACUGUGAGGGUGGCCCGGACGAGUGCCGCUCCAUCUGCCUCACACUCUCAGAGAAGGUCUGUCAGAGACGGCUCAUCAGCAACACAACCCGCGAACUCCCUCUACCAGUAGCGUGGCUGUGUGACGGUGAGGUGGAUUGUUUGAAUGGGAUGGACGAGGAUACAGAAGAGUGGCAGAUCUGUGGGAGUGGGACGGAACAGAAGUGUUAUCCUAACACUCCAGAGUACAACUGUACCCAGGGAUUCAAGUGUCCGGAUAAGUUCAGUACGUACGUGAGCAUGGCACAGCUCUGUAACUACGACGAGAGUUGUGGAGGUUCUGAGAAAGUGCUGUGUGAGAUAACUAAAGGUACCUCUGCUACAACCCAGAACUCAAUCCUCUCCAUCAACUCAACCCAGUACAUUCCCCCCUGUGUACCCGGACUACCUGACCGCUCCAACUGUACCACAGUCACAAUCCCACCGCUCACAGCCCUGGCGACCAUCACCACCAUCCACCUCCCCGUCAGUCUCCAACACGACAACAUCUCCACACGGUCAUGUGACCAGGUGUUCGGGGAGGAGUACAUCCUCCUGCUCUGUCAGGGGUUCUGUGACUCUGGGGAGACUUGUCCGCUGCAACGUGUCUCAGAUACGGCUUGUAUUGGCAGUAACAUGGUCCACGUUCCGGGAAAACUGGACCAUAAGGUCCAUAAACUGCUGAGGUACGAUGACAAGUACCACGAGACAAUAUUCGUGUGUGACAACGCGAACUGUGUGGAUAAGAGCAAAGUUUGUGACCUUGUAGACGACUGUGGGGACAGCAGUGAUGAGGAUAGCUGUCACAAUAACUUUCCUUGUGGAUCUGGUACACCCCGGUACAUAAGAAAAGGACAAGUAUGUGACGGUACCCACGACUGCAACAACGACAACCACACCGACGAAUGCAACGAGGAAUGCGGAUCUCAGGAAAUAAUAAACGGCGCAUUCCUUAAACUCUGUACCUUCCUAAUCGGGGCAGCCUCCAUCCUGGUAAACAUCUACAUGGUAGCAGGGAUAAUCCGGGACAACAUGAUCCUCCAUUCCCGGGCUCAAUUCAUCAACCUGUCCCUGGUCCUCCUCAUAUCCCUGGGGGACUUCUGUGUGGGGAUAUACCUCCUGAACGUGUUCGUAGUAGAUCAGGUUUACAGAAAGGGAUUCUGCCCGGGCAAGUACGAGUGGGUAACCUCAGGACACUGCACUUUAUUAGGGGUUCUCUCCACCUUCGGCACUCAACUCUCCAUCUUCACCAUGCUGUGUCUCAGUGUGUACAGGGUGUUUACGCUGAAGAGUAUGGGAGGUAGAGCUAAAGUGACGUCACAACACAAGGUAUACAUGAGCUGUAUAGCUGUGUCGCUAUCUCUCCUCUCCCUAUUCAUCGCUGUUAUCCCUAUAAUGGACUAUACGGAGGACUACUUUACUAACGGACUGUAUUAUCAGUCUAAUACUCUGUUCAACAAGGUUGCUAAUCUCCAUGUCCACAAAGAUUUCAUCAACCAGUACAAGAUAUUCUCUGCUGCCCAUAAGAACAAUGACAGUUUGUAUGAACUGCAAUCCUAUUACUCCUGGAAACAGGUUAGGAUGUUCAUGGCGGAGGAAGUUUUCUCGGAAGGGUUAGAAGUCGAGGGUAAAUCUCUUAAAUUCUACGGAAAUGACGGUGUUUGUUUGUUUAAAUAUUUCGUGUCCCCCGAUGACCCACAGCGGAUAUUCAGCCUUGCAAUCUUAUCCCUUAAUCUCAUCUGCUUCACCAUCAUCUCCACAACAUAUAUCUCUGUUAUCAUGACGGCCAAAGGUUCCUCCAACAAGACUUCCACUGUCAAGGACUCGAGGAGUACCCAACUGCAAACCAAAAUCACUCUGAUGGUUACGAGCAAUGUGCUGAGUUGGGUUCCGUUUGGGGUGAUUUGUCUUCUUCACACCUUGGAUAAGAUUGAUGCCACAAGAUACUACAAAGUGAGCUCCAUAAUUCUCCUCCCCAUUAACAGCUGCGUGAACCCCAUUAUAUACAGCAAUAUCUUGGUGGAUCUGUUCAACUGGGUAAAACGUAAAGUCCGUGGUCAACAUGUUUUACCUGUUGUCGAAAUGAAGGAACAACUUGACCACUCUUUCGUGUCUUCCAGUGCCCGAAAUCUUAAGACCCUAAAGAGGUCGCUAAGAAAAGGUUGUAAAACUAAGGAUGUCGAUAAAAAGUAUGAAAAUAACGACAUCUCUCAAAAUGGUCAUCACAGUUCCAUUACACUGGAAAAAAUAUCAGAAACAAUGACAUGAUAUUUGUUAAAGUUUGUGAUAUAUAUUUUGUUAGUGUUAAAUAGAGAUUAAGACAUACUGUUCUCAUGAAAAUGAUAAAAUACAUUUACAAAAUGUAGUCUUUUAUAUAGUGGUUCUCUAAAAAUCGAUCGAAACCCAUUGAAAUUACAUUUAAUAAAAACCCACAUUACAAUGACAGACUAUAUAUAAUGACAGACUAUAGUUCAUAUCAUACUAUAUGGUACGAGUCAACCCAAACAUAAAUUUGCAAUCUCCAACCACCUUUUAACGAUGUCAAAUUUACAAGAAAUUGCUUGAUAUAAUAAUCAUCU